GUACCUGUAAAAGAGUUGUAACUCUAGCAGUCCAGCACGCGAUCAGACGGUGAGCGGUUCCCUCCCCGAGUACUAUGGCUCCGGCGGCAAUGGAGGUCGCGCCAGCGCCCGUGGCCGUCGUGGCCGUGCCGUUCCCCGCGCAGGGGCACCUCAACCAGAUGCUGCACCUGUCGCUGCUGCUCGCGUCCCGGGGCCUGGACGUGCACUACGCGGCGCCCGCGCCGCACGUCCGCCAGGCGCGCGCGCGCGUGCAGGGCUGGGACGCGCGCGCCGUCCGCUCGCUCCACUUCGCCACCCUCGACAUCCCGCCCUACGCCACGCCGCCGCCCGACCCCGACAGCCCCGUCGCGUUCCCGGGCCACCUGCAGCCGCUCUUCGACGCGUUCUGCGACCACGCCGGGGCCCCGCUCCGGCGCCUCCUCGAGGAGCUCGCCGCCUCGCACCACCGCGUCGUCGUCGUGCACGACAACCUCGUGGCCUUCCCCGCGUCGGAGGCGUCGCGGCUGCCCAACGGCGAUGCGUACGCGCUCCAGUGCGUGGGGCAGUCGUUCGGCGCCGGGUUCAAGAACCCCAGCCACCGCCUGGUGCGCGCGCUCGGUCUGCCCGUCCCGUCACCCGAGUCCUUCCUCACCGAGGAGUUCAUGGAGCUCGUGGCGCGGCAGGGCGGGCUCAGCGUGCCCGGCGCCGGGCUGCUCCUCAACUCGUGCCGCGCGCUGGAGGGAGAGUUCAUCGACGCGCAAGCCGAGACCCUGUCCCUCGACGGCAAGAAGCUAUUCUCCAUCGGCCCGUUAAACCCAGUGCUGGAGCUGGACGUGACCACGCCCGCGCCGUCGGUGCAGCCGCAGCCGCAGCCGCGCCACGAGUGCAUGGACUGGCUUGACAAGCAGCCGACGUCAUCGGUACUUUACCUAUGCUUUGGUACAAUGACCUCGCUGCCUGGCAAGCAGAUCGAGGAGCUGGCGGGCGCGCUGCAGAGCUGCGAGCAGCGGUUCAUCUGGGUGCUGCGCGACGCCGACCGCGCCGACAUCUUCGCGGAGGCCGGCGAGAGCCGGCACGCCAAGCUGAUGUCCGAGUUCACAAGGCGGACCGAAGGGAGGGGGCUGGUGAUUACCGGGUGGGCGCCGCAGCUGGAGAUCCUGGCGCACGGCGCCACGGCGGCGUUCGUGAGCCACUGCGGCUGGAACUCGCUCCUGGAAGGCCUGAGCCACGGGAAGCCGAUUCUCGCGUGGCCCAUGCACUCCGACCAGCCGUGGAACGCGGGGUACGUGUGCGGCCACCUCAAGGCCGGGAUCGUCAUGAGGCCGUGGGAGAAGAGCCGGGAGACGCUGCCGGCCAAGGAGAUCCAAGAGGUCAUCAAGAGGGCGAUAGACUCCGACGAAGGCAUCGCCGCGCAGAGUGCGGCGAAGGCGCUCGCCGAGGACGUUCGUGCCGCCGUGGCGAACGGUGGCUCGUCGUGGGCGGACAUGGAGGAGUUCGUCGGUCGCAUCACAAAGUGAAGGCAGGAUUGGCGUCAAUAAACACUGAAUGCUCGAUCUUGCAGCGUCAAUCAGAGCAGUGCACGUGUGUGAUUUGUAGUGUCUCUAGUGUCACGUUCGUAGAUUUGUUUCCUGUGUUUUUCGUUCGUUCCGUUCGGAACUUCGGACUCACGAACAGCACUCUGAAGUCCAUCCGUGGUCCUAGCAUGCCGUCUGAAAGGACAAAUUGUGCCUAUAUGGUUCUACAAAAUCUGUAAAAUCGCACAAAUAAAUUAUGUAUGGAGCAUAUGCAUGCAAACUUUGGUUUAA